CAAAGGCAAGUAAAAAACUAAAAACAAAUUUUUAAAUUCUUUUAAAUGCCUGCGUCCAUAUGGCUGUUCGCGAGCUCCGCAAAAACGCAGUGUGAUUGUUGCUAAGUGACUACGAAGUGUGAAAAGUGCUGAUUUGUGCCGUUAGUUUUAAUAUUUCGGCUGAAGAGAUGUGUGUCAGCAGUGGCAUAUGUGCAGAAAAGGUGUAAAAGUGAGCUGUGAAUGAUUCGUUGAUUAGCUUUGGAUACGAAACGACAGCCGGAAACGGAAGUUCGAGUCCAUGCGUUGAAAAGACGCUGGGCUGAGCGGCUGAGAAGCUGCGAGGUGGAAGUGAAAAGUAAAAAUCGCAAUUUGCAUUCGUUAAAACCUUAAGUGAAAGUACAAAUAAUCCGUUAGCGAGACGGAAGCAAUUACGGGUCGCAAACUUCCGCGCCUAAGAGUUAGCAGGCGCAUAUCAGCGCUCGUCGUGCGUUGGCCGUCGGCCACCCGGUCAAUCGGAUAGUCGUUGGGCCAUUAGUGCCGCUGAUGCCACUUUUAUGUAAUUUUUAUGUGUUAUCUUAAGUGCAUAAUCGUCAACAACAAUUACAACCAGUGGACCUCGGUCAACACUUUUCCACUUGCAGCCAUCAGCGCGUGGGAAAGCGCACAAUCAUACUUUCGCCAGCAGUCCGCAUCAAACGUCAAACUUAGGACUUUGAAAGCGGCAAAUUAGUGUCUAUAAUGACAGUUUGGCCUUCCGAUGCAAAUUCCAACGAAGACCUACUCGCCAUCAUCUGGGCAAUACCAGCUGGAAAGAAGAAUGGCAAUGGAAAUAACUCGUUGCACAAAAUCGCCAAAAAUGUACCGUUAAUGAUGACGCGUAACGAAAUUCACAAUCGAAUGGCACAAAAAAUGCCAUAUGCGAUGUAUUACAGCGCCAAUCGCUACGACAACAACAAUAGUCCAUAUGACACUGGCAACAGUAGCGCGCAGCUGCUACAUGCACCCACAAUAACAACAGUGACAACACUAACUGAUUCGACACACACGAGUACAAUCAUGUAUGACGAGCAAAACCUGGAGGUCAUCAAUCGCUCACUCUUGCUGACGACAGCUGUCAGCGCCACCGCAACGCCCGCCAGCGGCAGCAACAACAGCAGUCCGCUUCAAACGGGGUUUACGGCCAACAUCACUAAUAACGUCGCAACUGCCAUUGACGCGGACGAGGAAUGGGCGCGGUUCUACGACCUGAUGCUGUCGUGGCAGGGCAUUUGUCUAAUUGCUGUCUUCAGCACUUUCAUUGUGGUUACCAUCAUCGGCAACACUCUCGUCAUAUUGGCCGUCAUAACAACGCGUCGCUUAAAAACGGUCACCAACUGCUUCGUUAUGAGCUUGGCCAUCGCUGACCUUCUGGUGGGUAUAUUUGUGAUGCCACCCGCUGUAGCUGUCCACUUGAUAGGCUCCUGGCGUCUGGGAUGGGUGCUGUGCGACAUUUGGAUAUCACUGGAUGUGCUGCUCUGUACGGCAUCUAUACUGAGCCUGUGCGCCAUCAGCGUCGACAGGUACUUGGCCGUUACACAACCUCUGACCUAUUCACGCAGAAGACGCUCCAAGCGAUUGGCGUUCAUAAUGAUUCUGGUUGUUUGGGUCCUGGCUUUGGCUAUCACGUGCCCGCCGAUGUUGGGUUGGUACGAGCCAGGGCGACGCGACCUAAGCGAGUGCCGUUACAAUCAGAACGAAGGAUAUGUGAUUUUCUCCGCCAUGGGCUCAUUCUUCAUUCCGAUGGCCGUUAUGAUUUAUGUUUAUGCGAGAAUUUCAUGUGUUAUUGCGUCGCGCCAUGACCACAUGACGGACAUCAGUGUACAUAAUAAGAAGUUCAAGCGCUACACAGCCGCCGAUGUAGAAAAUGACAUUGACCAUGACUUCUCUGAGCAGGAGCUCAGUUCGGGCCACCGAAAGCAGGCAGCAGCCCGUACAUUUUCAAACCAAACCAUCGCCAAGGAGUUGCAUGACGUGAUGCUGUGCGAAGGUGAAGCUGGCGGCGCCACUACCACGGCAGCUACUGACGGCAGUGGCAAUGAUAACGGCAACGAUGGUGGUGGUGGUUCUUCACCUCAAUGCCACUCUCUACUUGCUCUAAGCACAGCGAAUGCCAAGAAUAGUUGCUAUGAAUUAACGCGUCCGUCGUCUUUACGGCGCACUCCGACAUCGUCCUCCACCACGACCGUUAUGACAAGCGGUUGCGGCGGUGGCGGUGGUCUGAACAUUCCCGCAGUUGGCAAUACAAGCUUAAGUGAUCAGCACUGGCCGGCACGUACGCUUAGCGUGCGGCACAACCAUCAUUUUGGUGCUUCCGGGGGCGGCAGCGGCUCAGGCUUAAACGCGAUUGCUUCUGCAGCCAGUGCGACCACAUCGCCGCAUUUGCAGCCGGAAGCGGCUGCACUGACACGUCACACACGCAUACAACAACAACACCAUCACCACCACCCCAAAUCCCUUUCGAAUCGCAUCACUUCGCUGAAAAAGGAGAAUAAAACUACGCAAACGCUCAGCAUUGUUGUGGGCGGUUUCAUCGCCUGUUGGCUACCAUUCUUCGUAUACUAUCUGAUAACCCCCUUCCUGGAGGGGCAUCAAGUAAGUCAAACGCUGGCGAAGGGACUCACCUGGCUGGGUUGGUUCAAUAGCGCCAUAAAUCCCUUCAUUUAUGCCUUCUACAGUGUUGAUUUUCGUGCGGCAUUCUGGCGACUGACGUGCAAGCGCUUCUUCAGUGUCUCCAUGAAACCACAAUUUCCAACGAACACUAUGUCCAUAAGACGAUAGUUGAAUGCGCAGAAAAUAUGUUACGUAUAAAUAGUUAUAUCUAGCUUAUAAGUGUAGAGUAAGGAAAGGGGAAGAAGGAUUGGAAUUUUUUUUUUCAUAUUAAAAUUCAUUUAAUUGGAAUUCGGUAGGACGACGUGGCAACGAUUACUUGAGGCUUUUGUGUGCUGGGUUCAGGUUACAGUUCACUUCAGUCCUGCACUGACUUAGCAUUCAGGGCUUUCAGAGGUUAAAACAGUGCGUAGAUCUAAUAGUGAACUAUCUAGUAGUACUAGUUCUUUUCCGCAUAAAAUUUAGAAAUUUAGCCCCUCUUCAAAAAAUGCAGUCGAGCAAAUGGAUUAAAAAUUCUGCGCAACUGCUCCAUUUCAUAAUUAAAUAAAUUAACGUACUAUGUGAAGUAUCACCUUUUUGCACUGAAAACAAAACGAUCUCUUUUUCAAAUUUUAUCAAAACCGUUUUACCGCCGACGAAUGAAUAAAACCAUCGAACCGAACGUUCACAUUGACUUGACGAAAAGCCCUUUGGGCCGCAUACAGAACUGCAACAAGCGUCAGUAGCUCAAGGGCAACAGUUGGAAUUUAUCUACGCCUCUUAAUGCAAAUCGAGCUCGCUCACAUGCACCAAUACAUAGGCGCAAGCUCACCAAUAUCUGAAUGAAUGUUUAUGUAUGGCGGUUGCCACGCUAAACUGAUUUCAAAUCUGUAACGUUGGCAUAUUUACGAGUCCGUUUUUAUUUUUCUAUGCAAAGUUGAAUUUCAAAUUAACUGUUUUCGUUAUUUUGUUGCUCUUUCUUUGUAUGCACCACGCCGAACACACAAACCGAAAAAACACACGAGCUCACAUGUAGUGUGGAUCACUUCGAAUGCGGCGCAAACGUUUUGCUGUGGCGCGAAAAUGGCCGAGACGCAACGUGACUAGCAUUCGCUCCGCAGCAGCGUGUGUCGCACUAAUGUAAUUUAGUUGGACGGAAUUUGUGGAACUGCCAAAGCAAAAAGUUAAACUUUCGCCUGUCAGACGUUUGUUCGUUCCAAAGUUGCGUUGCAAGAAAACAAAAACAAUAAACGCAAAAAUUAGAAAAUCGGGUGCAAUGCAGCACAAUAAGCUGUGGGCCGGGGUGUGUAAGGCUUGCUUUUGCUAUAACAUACUUUAGCUGAACAGAUAAAAGCGUCCGUGGCAAGUUUGGUGGAAACUUCUAAUUAAAGUUGCCACGGGCGAAAGCGCGAAGUUGCGCAGGUAAGCGGCUCAACAGUGCGUAUAAGUAACUUCGAGAUUUUCCCAAUAAUUAAAGAACAAAUGAGCCAAAUAAUAAUAUAUAAUGUAUGUAUUUUCCAUGUAAAUAGCUUGCCGAAGGUCUCUUAGUGAAUUCUGUUUGUUUGCUAAUGGAACAAGCUCAGCUUAUAGAGUUGUAAUUAGCUUAGUUCACGUAAGCACGUACAAAGUCAUCAAAAUUUCUCACCAAUUCAGUUCUCUAAAGCACUGCUUUCACAAAAACAAAUUUGAAAUAAUAAUUAGAAAUGGUAAAAAAUCUUUGGGCACACGUAUUUCGGACUAUACUCGUACAUACCAUUGUAUCUGAAUUAUGAAAACAGAAACUUUAUUUAGACUUUUAUUUUGCGAAAAUUUUAAUUAACUUGGUAAUUGCAUUAUAACAAGAAGCAAUACGAUCGUUCAAAUUGAAAAACUAUUUCCAUGAAAAUAUUGUAUUUAAGGCUUCAUGUUAGCAGUCCACUGUGAAACUUUUUUUGUGAAAAGUGAAUUUUCUGCGGAGGAUAAGAGCUAUUGAAAAUGAAUUUGUAAUAGUGUUAGUCCAAUAAGAAACGUUAUUUUAUUUCCUUCUUUAUUUAAGUUCCAUUAAUGAGAGCGAAAAUAAACACGCUAAAGUACUUCAAGUAAUCUUUACAAGCCGAGCUCGCGAAGCUUGGUUUUAUAGUUCCUUUUAUGACUUACAUACAUAAAAGCAAAGGUAAAUAUUGGGUUUUCUCAUUCUGACUUCUGGAAAUAAAACACAUAGGUUAGGUUACACUGGCCGGCAGUCACACCAUACGUAGACUCUCUGGUGCUUAAUAAUGCCAGAUGGAGGCUCAGUUUAAUUUGAAGUAUUCAUCAUACAGCAAGUCAACGCUUUCUGCGAACUUUAAACGCGACAUGAUAUCUAAUUUUGAUACUUCAACCAGUCACUUGAACUGCGGAGCUUCUAGACAUCUAAAACGAGCUCUAGAUAAGGCUGGACAGAAGCAUAAAAGGUGUUCAUGUACCGUUGUUACUAAUGCCUUGCGAAUAUAAGUUAUUUUUCCACUACCAUUUUUAAUACCCUGCAUAUGUAUAUCUCAUACUUAGUACUUCCGUAUACUUGUAAUUUAUUAAACUAUUACCUCAGGUUUAUCAAAAACCUUUUGUAAAUUCUUAUUUCCCAUAUAUACAUAGAAAGAUUAUGAGGUAAGGAUACAUAUUUCUGAAUAUUACUACUUUCUAUGUUCUAAUAGGUCUAUAGAACUUAAGGUUACUAGAAUAGCAGGCAAGAAAUGAUUUUUUUAACUUAGAUUGGAGCAUAUUUUCUGUGAUUUUCCGAAAAGUUCAAAAAGUUCUGUGAGGUGUAGAGCAAAAUCUGAUUCAAAUUACUAGAAAAUAUAAUGUUUAUUCACCUUGAAUUAACAGCAGCGAAAACCUAUUUGUCGAAAUAUUUUUUUCCUAGGCUGGUAUGGCUGUCAGUGAUAUCUGUGCCAAAUGUCACAUCAAAUGUUCAAUUAAUUUUUUUUGUCGGGAGCAGUGUUUUUGAUUGGCAAAAAUUAUUCAACGACGGACCACGUCUUCGACGGUCAUCAACAUCAGCGGAUGAUCAACACUUUAAUAAAAUAAAGGGGUAGAUGCUAGAGCAUCGACGAUUAACAGUCAGAGAUCUCACUGACAUCGUUGAAA